AUGUCGCUUCUCUCCACGCGAUCAUACAACUCUCGGCCUCUGUCAGAAGCGACCGAGAUAUUUGACACCGAUUACGAAGCAGAGUACUCUCCAAUAGAUACCUCUGCCCGCAGAAGUGUUGAAUCAUUUGGCAAUGACAGUGCCACAACGUUGUCAACCGAGGAUGAGGCUCCCACUCCCGAAGACUCAGAUCAGGGGUCGUUCAAUUUCCAGUUUGAUAAAAGCAAACCGGUGGAAGGACCAUCGGGACCCCAUCUAUUCCGGGCUUCAUUAGAUUCGACGUUUUUUGAAAGAUCGGAGGAUUUAGAAUUGUACUUUUCGCUAUCUUCCAUAGCGCCACCUCAAGGUUCGAUAAGCUCUCGAUCGACAAAAAGAUCUAGCACAAUCCCGCCGGAGCAGCUUCCUUAUUAUGAACGAUCACGAUCUUCAAGUGUGCCAGAGAUCGCCCCCGUUGCUAGCGUCGACGAUGUACGUUCCUGGACACCAACGCGAGUAGCAGAAUGGAUGUACGAAUCUGGAUUCGAGGAUGCCAUAGUCGAACGAUUCAUCCGGAAUGAUAUCUCAGGCUCGGUCCUCCUUGAUCUCCAGAUGGAUGAUCUCAAGGAGCUAGACAUUAGCUCGUUUGGUAUACGACAUCGGUUGAUGAAUAUGAUUCAGGGCUUUCGUGCUGAAUCAACAAAUGCUCUGGCCCCGGCUACAACUUCGGACCCUAGCUCGUCUUCUCAGGGCCUAAGGAGUUAUACAUCCACGAGACGAGACAACAGCGCUGAAUGUUUCUCUCCAGACUGUGAGACCCCAACCAACCCCUCAACUCAUCGACGGGGCCGCGCCAAUCGUCUCUUCGCGGAUGGCGAUAUAAUCUCUCCAGCCGAGUCUGUUUCCAUUGUUGCUAUUGAACAACUGCUCCCGAAACUGCACAAGUGUUCCAAGGGCGAGAAUUGCUCUAGAUUCCAGAAGCAACAACGGAAGCUUGCACGCAUAGCGACUGAGUUCCCCGAUCAAUUCACCAGCAUCGACGGCACCAUUAUACCUCAUGCUGGAAAGGAAUCAGUCACUGGAAGUGUUGUGCGUCCCAAAUCAGAUGCAGCUCCCUCCGUCGUCGCGUCUUCUGAUGUCCUUGGCCCUGGCCACACGCCUGAGUUCCAACUCAACGCUGAGAACCUUAAUGGAGUGCAGCCUAGAGAUCCCCAAGAAAAUGUUCGACAAUUCCUCACUUUUCAACACCUUAAUAAUGCCGCAUACAACGAACCCAGUCCACCGAUGGAGAUAUUCCCUCCCCUCUCCCCUCCUGAAUCUUCCCAGCCUGCUUUCCAUAUGAUCAACAAUCUUCGCAAUCUUCCAAAACUCAUGAUACCAGGCGAUAGUGAGUCAGAUGGUUUGCUUUCAGGCGGUCAGCGGACCGUUACUCCUUCAAUGGGGUCAAGGCUGGCAGGCUCAGCUACAGCAACUCAGGAAUACAACUCUUACCAAUAUCCACUGGAUAUGUCUCGCCAAACAAACACCCCAUUUUCAGAAAUGGACGUUCCCCUCACUGCCUUCCCUACCGGACCUCUGGAUCGGGAGGCAUCGCAAUCAGUACCACCAAAUAUGUUUUAUGGCAACCAUUUGCGCCCACCAGUCGACCCAGUUUCUCGUUCAGCGUCGGCUAAACCUGACAAUCAUCGACGUCGUCCUUCGUUCGCGACUAUGGCUCCAGUUGAUGAGCUCCAGGCGAUGCAACCAAUCGACACCCCGGAAGACCGCCCGACUACUCCUCGCCCAAGUCAUACGAGUCAUACAACAGAACCUCACUUUAGGCCUUCCCGCGCCUCUGGAAUCUCUCCUUCGACCCAGUCACACAGGUCCGAUCCCGACGUUACUCAUAGCGGAUGGAUGAAGAAGCGGAAAACAACCCGCCUCCUACGCCACGAGUGGCAAGACGCGCACUUCACCCUUCGCGGGACGGUCCUGGCCAUGCACAAGGACGAGCGCGAUGCGCAACGCCGCUCGCGGGCCUUGGAGUUCAUCGAUGUCGACGACUUCGCCGUCGCCUGCUCCUCGUUGGCCACAAACUCGAAGCUCACCGCGGCCUUCAAGCGCUCCGUCCUCCGCAAAGCUGCCAAUCUACCAUCGAACAGCGACGAGACUGCAUUUGCAUUCUCUCUCAUCCCCGCCCACGACUCUGCCGAGCGCAGACACCUCUUCGCAAGCCAGGGCAAAAGCCACCACUUCGCGGUGAAGACUCGAGAUGAGAGGAUUAACUGGAUGCGAGAGCUGAUGUUGGCCAGAGCCCUGAAGAAAGGCAGAGAGGAAGGUGGCGAGCUCACUAUCAAUGGCAGAAAUGUCAUUUGA